AAGUGAGUACAUAUUUAUUACAAUUAUUGGUCGAUAACUUGUUUUUGGUUACAAUAGGUUUGCUUUCGAUUAGUGUGAGUUUCCCAUCUUAAAGUACUGCUACAAUCGAUGGAUAUUAAUUCUUACAAAUAAAUUCUGCAGAAAAAUUUAUUACAUAGAAUCUUUUAAAAAUGAUUGAUUUUCGCGAUGAUAAUGUAAAAACUAUUAAUCGAAAAAUUGAUAAUAAAUAUAUACCACUUACUCCACAAGAAGGAUUAGCACCACUUAGUCCAUAUUUAAAUUUUGAUCCAUCGUAUCUUCCACCACGAGAUCCACAGUACAUAUUUCCAGAAGGUGCUGUAAAACAACGAGGACGUUUUGAGUUAGCUUUUGGUCAAAUAGGUGCUGCAUGUAUAAUAGGAGCAGGUAUUGGUGCUAGUACCGGUUUAUAUAGAGGGAUUAGGGCAACAGCUUUAGCUGGACAAACCGGUAAACUCAGAAGAACACAGUUGAUUAAUCAUGUUAUAAAAAGUGGAUCAGCUCUAGCAAAUACAAUGGGAGUAAUAACGGUAAUGUACAGUGGUUUUGGUGUUCUUUUAUCUUGGACAAGAAGUACAGAUGACUCCUGGAAUACAUUAAUAGCAGCAACAGCAACUGGCAUGUUAUUCAAAUCAACAAGUGGUUUAAGGAAAUGUGCUUUAAGCGGCUGCCUCGGACUAGGAAUAGCAUCGUUAUAUUGCUUAUGGAAUAACAGGAAUUCACUUUCACAGUUAAGAUAUGGUGUUAAUCCAGCAUAAGAUUAUUGAAAUGACGAUUCAAGUUUGUCAACGACUAGAACAAAAUUUCGUAAUAAAUUGUAACUUUAUAUAUUAUAAAAAUAGAAAAUCUAAUCGAUACGUCUGCAUAAAAACAAACAAAUUAUUAUGAAAGAGAAAUUCAUGCAAUUUAGGAAUGCACAAAUUGUAUGAUGUAUGUAUAUACAUAUAUAUAUAUGGUACGUGCGUGUAUAUGUAUAUAUAUUUAUUAUUACAUCGA